AUGGGGCUGCCAGCCUACGCCAGGUGGCAAGGCCUGGGCCUGUUGCCAACUCGCACCAGCAAUCCCCAGACUCCCAACUCACCCCCUCUCCCUCCACUCCACUCCUCCUCCUCCGUCCCACCUCCGUGCGUUACAGGUGACCCCCCUCCCCCAAAAACCCGGAUGCGGCGGAAGUUGUGGCGUUGUGCGGCCAGCGGCCUGCUGGUUGCCGCGGCGAUGGGCCUGUGGAUCCUGCAACAGCCUAGGCCGCAGGCUCUGCUCCGGGCCUCGGCCUUCUGGAGGGCCCCGUGCCCGCUGCAGUCCCUGUGGAACCGGGAGUUGGCUCUGAUGCACGGGCAGCGGCUACGACGCCGGGGGCUGGCCAGGAGCACAGGCUCGGGCCCUCGUUGCAGGCCCGACACCACGGUGGAGACCAGCGUCGUGGACUUCCAGCUCCUGCCGCCCCUGAUGCAGGACUUCCUUCGGUACCGCCGCUGCCGGAGUUUCCCGGUGGUGCUGGAGCCCCGCGGGGUGUGCGGGCCAGGCCCCGGGCCCUCCCCCCGCCUGCUCCUGGCUGUCAAGAGCCAGGUCUCCAACUUCGCCCGUCGCCAGGCCAUCCGGCAGUCGUGGGGAGGCCUGGGCCGCUCAGCGGGCGUGGGCCUGGUCUUCCUGCUGGGACAGCAGGAGGAGGUCGACGGGCACCCCAGGCUUCAGGGCCUGCUGGAUUGCGAGAGGCGUAGCCACGGCGACCUGCUCCAGUGGGGCUUCCGCGACACCUUCCUCAACCUGACACUGAAGGAGGUCCUCUUCCUACCCUGGCUCGCCCGACGCUGCCCCUCCGCCCGCUUCAUCUUCAAGGGCGACGACGACAUCUUCGUCAACACUGAGGGGCUGCUGGGGUUCCUCACCCUGCUGGAGCAAGUCCACGAUCUCUUCCUGGGCGACACCAUCGAGGAUGGGCGGCCCUGCCGAGACGCCGAGAUCAAGUACUACGUGCCGGGAGCUUUCUACAGCGGCCUGUACCCGGCGUACGCGGGCGGGGCGGGCGUGCUGUACACGGCCCACCUGGCCCGCCGUCUGGAGAGGGCCUCGAGGUCCCUGCCCCUCUUCCCCAUCGACGACGUCUUCGUGGGCAUGUGCCUGCGCAGCCUUGGCCUGGCCCCCACCCCCCACCCCGACUUCUACAGCUUCGGCAUCAACGACAGCCAACACUGGGACCCCUGCGCCUACCACCGGCUCCUCAUGGUACACCCCAGGAGCCCGCACGAGAACCUGCUCAUCUGGGGGAUGCUGCACAGUGGAGACCUCUGCUGUGACUGA